CCCGCCCGGGCCCGCGGCCGCCCGGGUGUCCUCGCGCCGCCGUCCGCGCGCCGCCUGGCAGUUUGCCUCCCGCUCGCCCUGCAGCCCGCGCCCAUGGCCACCGCCGCCACCGAGGAGCCCUUCCCCUUCCACGGCCUGCUGCCCAAGAAGGAGACCGGGGCCACGUCCUUCCUGUGCCGCUACCCGGACUAUGACGGCCGGGGCGUGCUCAUCGCCGUGCUGGACACGGGGGUGGACCCGGGCGCGCCGGGCAUGCAGGUCACGACGGACGGCAAGCCCAAGAUCAUCGACAUCAUCGACACCACGGGCAGCGGCGACGUGAGCACGGCCACCGUGGUGGAGGCCAAGGACGGCGUGGUCACCGGGCUCUCGGGGAGGACGCUGAAGAUUCCUGCAAGCUGGACAAACCCUUCGGGCAAAUACCAUAUCGGCAUAAAGAAUGGCUAUGACUUCUACCCAAAGGCGCUCAAGGAGAGGAUGCAGAAAGAACGUAAAGAGAAGAUCUGGGACCCGGUGCACAGGGUGGCCCUGGCCGAGGCCUGCAGGAAGCAGGAGGAGUUCGAGGUCUCCAACGGCUGCUCUUCCCAGGCAAAUAAACUAAUCAAAGAGGAGCUCCAGAGCCAAGUGGAGCUGCUGAAUUCCUUUGAGAAGAAAUACAGUGACCCCGGCCCCGUGUACGACUGCUUGGUUUGGCAUGACGGUGAAAGCUGGAGAGCGUGCAUCGACUCCAACGAGGACGGGGACUUGAGCAAGGCGACGGUGCUCAGGAGCUACAAGGAGGCGCAGGAGUACGGUUCCUUCGGCACCGCCGAGAUGCUCAACUACUCGGUCAACAUCUACGACGAGGGGAACGUGCUCUCCAUCGUCACCAGUGGAGGUGCCCACGGGACACACGUGGCCAGCAUAGCUGCCGGGCAUUUCCCCGAAGAACCCGAGCGGAACGGGGUGGCCCCCGGCGCCCAGAUUCUCUCCAUCAAGAUCGGCGACACGAGACUCAGCACCAUGGAGACGGGCACCGGCCUGAUCCGCGCGAUGAUCGAAGUCAUCAACCACAAGUGUGACCUGGUCAACUACAGCUAUGGAGAAGCGACCCACUGGCCGAAUUCUGGGAGGAUCUGCGAGGUGAUCAGCGAGGCCGUGUGGAAGCACAACAUCAUCUAUGUGUCGAGCGCGGGCAACAACGGCCCCUGCCUCUCCACGGUCGGCUGCCCCGGGGGCACCACGUCCAGCGUCAUAGGUGUCGGCGCCUAUGUCUCCCCCGACAUGAUGGUUGCUGAGUAUUCUCUGAGGGAGAAGCUGCCCGCCAACCAGUACACGUGGUCAUCCCGAGGGCCCAGCGCCGACGGGGCCCUCGGAGUGAGCAUCAGCGCCCCGGGAGGAGCCAUCGCCUCUGUCCCCAACUGGACCCUGCGAGGCACACAGCUCAUGAACGGAACAUCCAUGUCUUCUCCCAACGCGUGCGGAGGCAUCGCCCUGGUCCUGUCAGGUCUGAAGGCGAACAGGGUGAGCUACACGGUGCACUCGGUCCGCCGUGCGCUGGAGAACACCGCCGUGAAGGCCGACAACAUCGAGGUCUUCGCCCAGGGCCACGGCAUUAUCCAGGUCGACAAGGCCUACGACUACCUCGUCCAGAACACCUCCUUUGCGAACAAGCUGGGGUUCACCGUCACCGUGGGCACCAAUCGCGGCAUCUACCUCCGAGAGCCCGUGCAGGUGACCGCUCCGUCGGACCACGGCGUCGGCAUCGAGCCUGUGUUUCCGGAAAACACCGAGAAUGCUGAUAAGAUAUCCCUGCAGCUCCACUUGGCGCUGACCUCGAACUCCUCAUGGGUGCAGUGCCCCGGCCACCUGGAGCUCAUGAACCAGUGCCGCCACAUCAACAUCCGCGUGGACCCCCGCGGCCUGCGGGAAGGCCUGCACUACACAGAGGUGUGCGGCUACGACAUCGCGACCCCCAACGCGGGCCCUCUGUUCAGAGUCCCCAUCACGGCAGUGAUCACAGCCAAAGUAAAUGAAUCAUCACAUUAUGAUCUAGCCUUUACAGAUGUGCAUUUUAAACCUGGUCAGAUUCGAAGGCACUUUAUUGAGGUUCCUGAGGGUGCCACCUGGGCUGAAGUGACCGUGUGCUCCUGCUCUUCUGAGGUGUCAGCCAAGUUCGUGCUCCACGCCGUGCAGCUGGUGAAGCAGAGAGCCUACCGGAGUCACGAGUUCUACAAGUUCUGUUCCCUCCCCGAGAAGGGCACGCUCACGGAGGCGUUCCCUGUCCUGGGUGGGAAAGCGAUUGAGUUCUGCAUUGCUCGCUGGUGGGCCAGUCUCAGCGAUGUCAACAUCGAUUACACCGUUUCUUUCCACGGGAUCGUGUGCACGGCUCCUCAGCUGAACAUUCACGCAUCGGAAGGCAUCAACCGCUUCGACGUUCAGUCCUCCCUGAAGUACGAAGAUCUGGCGCCCUGCAUAACACUGAAGAGCUGGGUCCAAACGCUCCGCCCGCUGAGUGCAAAAACCAAACCUUUAGGAUCCAGAGAUGUUUUGCCAAAUAACCGUCAGCUCUACGAGAUGAUCCUGACGUACAACUUCCAUCAGCCCAAGAGUGGGGAAGUGACUCCAAGCUGCCCGCUCCUGUGUGAGUUGUUGUACGAGUCAGAGUUUGACAGCCAGCUGUGGAUCAUCUUCGACCAGAACAAGCGGCAGAUGGGUUCGGGCGAUGCGUACCCCCACCAGUAUUCUUUGAAAUUGGAGAAAGGAGAUUAUACAAUUCGACUACAGAUUCGUCAUGAGCAAAUCAGUGAUUUGGAACGUCUUAAAGAUCUUCCAUUUAUUGUUUCCCAUAGAUUAUCUAAUACCUUGAGCUUAGAUAUUCAUGAAAAUCAUAGUCUGGCACUUCUAGGAAAAAAGAAAUCCAGCAGUUUGACCUUACCGCCCAGAUACAACCAGCCCUUCUUCGUCACGUCCCUGCCCGACGACAAAAUACCGAAAGGGGCAGGACCCGGGUGCUACCUUGCAGGAUCCUUGACUUUGUCCAAGACGGAGCUUGGGAAGAAAGCGGGCCAGUCUGCAGCAAAGCGACAAGGAAAAUUUAAAAAGGACGUGAUCCCUGUGCAUUACUACCUGAUCCCCGCACCCACGAAGUCUAAGAACGGCUCCAAAGAUAAAGACAAAGACAUCGAGAAAGAGAAAGACUUAAAAGAGGAGUUCACUGAAGCCCUGCGCGACCUGAAGAUUCAGUGGAUGACAAAGCUGGAUUCUAGCGACAUUUACAAUGAGUUGAAAGAAACGUACCCCAAUUACCUGCCCCUGUAUGUUGCACGGCUUCAUCAGUUGGAUGCUGAAAAGGAGCGAAUGAAGCGGCUGACCGAGAUCGUGGAGGCCGCGGACGCCGUCAUCGCCCACAUCGACCAGACCGCGCUGGCGGUGUACAUCGCCAUGAAGGCCGACCCCCGGCCCGACGCCGCCGCCAUAAAAAAUGACAUGGACAAGCAGAAGUCGACCCUGAUCGACGCCCUGUGCAGGAAGGGCUGCGCUCUGGCCGACCACCUGCUGCAGGCUCAGGAGCAGGACGGCGCCGUCUGCGACCUGGGGGCCAGGGAGGACGACGGAGAGAGCCUGCUGGACUCCCUGACCGACACGUACUGGGAGACCACCAAGUGGACAGACCUGUUUGACAGCAAGGUCUUAACGUUCGCGUACAAGCACGCACUGGUGAAUAAAAUGUACGGGAGAGGCCUUAAGUUUGCAACGAAACUGGUGGAAGAAAAACCAACAAAAGAAAACUGGAAGAAUUGCAUUCAGCUGAUGAAGUUACUGGGAUGGACCCACUGCGCGUCCUUCACUGAGAACUGGCUCCCCAUCAUGUACCCACCUGAUUAUUGCGUCUUCUGAAAUUGGAACCAAGACUUCGGAUUUUAAGAAAAGGAAGUUUUAUAGUGAACGGAUAAAAAAGCCGAUUUGUGGAAUUUUUAGUCUAAUGCAUGUUUUCAUCCACUAUCCAAUACCGAUUAUUAAAAUGAUGUGUAUUUAUCAGAGAACUCACUGGCGUGUGGCUUCAUACAUGUAAACCUAGAGCUACCACCGGCGGCCCCCGGCCCCGCUGCGGCCCGGGCACGCGGCUGGGUCGCACCUAGUACAUGCAUGAGAGGUUUUGAAACAGGAACUUUUAACUGCAAACCUGUAAAAUUCUAUUUUUUAUUUUAUAAAAUGAACAGGGUUUUAACAUGCUGGACUUUAAUUUUUUCAAUUGUAUGAAGGCCUUAAAAAGCUACAUUAAGUGUAGCUAAAAUUAUUUAUUGGACUAAAAAGCAACAGAGCUUUUCCUUUCCAUAGAUUUUUCUUUUCUUUUUUUUUCCUUGUUUUCUUUUUAUUUUGGCAAACGUUUACAUUCAAUUAAGGGGAAAAGAAACCCAACCAGCACAGAUAACCAUGUGGCAGUUGCUGAAACAUAACUGUACCCUCGACCUUCCCAGCUCAGAGUUACUGCAGGCCAAUCAUUCUUAGCAUUCUCGUGACGUGCAAAGCAUUGGAAUGAAUUAAUAAUACAUGUAUAAGUGCCAGACUGCUAAGCCUUUAUCAGGUAUUGUAAAGAUACACAUAUGGUAUGUUUAUUAAGUUGAAAUAAUGUAAACACACGAAUAAAUGUGCAAAACAAAGAUCACAGUAUACCAUAUGCACUCUGAUACCUUAAAUUUUUUUAUAAAUAAAAGUGAAUAUUGAAGCUU